AUGGUGUCUGCGAACUCGCGAACCUCAGAUUUACAGAUGAGCGCCUUCCUACUGUGCCACCGUGGAACCUGUAGUGUGGAGGAGGCCGGUGUGGCUGUGGGGAAGGUGGCCGGGUCCGAAUGUGUUAAAUCGGCAUCUAGAAUGAAUGGGGCCAUUGUUCUGUUUGUAGAUGCUACUGCUAAAGUUAGUGAGGUUGUUGAGAGGGGCAUGAUCCCGAUGUCUAAAAAACCUCCCCCGGUGGUCCCUAGAAAGCCUUCAGGUGUGCGAGUCAUGAUGCUUCCAGGAGAGCAGCUUCCUCCUGGUGCGCUGCCCGUCUAUGGAGAGGCUGUUAAAGAGAACGGUGACUCUGGAGAGCCUGAUCAUACAUCCUUACUGGAUGCUGAGAGAGAAGUGGAAAUUUUGAACCACUGCUUUGAUGAUGUGGAGCGAUUUAUGGCCCGUUUGCAGCAGACAGCUGAGGCUCAGAGUAUUCUCAACCAACGGAGGCAGAAGAGGAGCAGAAAGAGCAAGAAGAAAGAAGAUCAAGAUGACAACCUGCUGACCAUGAAAGCUUGUCCUCCUCCAGAGGAAGAGUUUGUGGACAUCUUUCAGAAAAUCAAGUACUCGCUCAGUCUGCUGGACCGCCUGAAGUCUUCCAUCACGCAGCCUGAUGCAGCAGAUCUGCUGCACCACAUAUUUGUUCCUCUUCGAUUGCUAGUGAAAACCACUGGAGGACCAGAGUUAGGAGCAUCAGUGCUCAGUCCUGCCAUGACGAGUGGGGCUGUUUCAUUACUCCAGGAGCAUCUGACUGAAGGGGAGAAGGAGCUGUGGACUUCUUUAGGACUCAACUGGACCUCCCCCAGCUCACACCUCGGUGUGUCUGUUCCUCCAUACUCACCAGUCUUCCUGGAUGGGUGGCGACCUCAGGCUUAUGACUCAAAUGGCCAACCUUUGGAAGAUCCCAUCGAGUCCCAACACAAACAAGAUGCUCACAGCGAAUGCAGGGCAGCACAGGCUCUGCAGGAACAAGCACAGCAGGCAGUGGAGAGUCAUGGUCCAAGCAAUGAGGAAGAAGAAGAAACCACACUUCCACCUGAAGGUGAACGGCUCUACUGCUGCAGUUAUGACUUUGUGGCGAGGAACAGCAGCGAGCUUUCGGUGCUCCAAGGAGAAACACUCGAGGUAAUCGAGUCCUCCAAACGCUGGUGGAAAUGUCGGAAUCGUUUUGACCAGAUUGGAUUUGUUCCCUUUAACAUCCUGGAGCCUCUUUCCGCUCUGAAUCACACAGGAAGAGACAGCCCGGUGGUCCGCAGAGAGUCAAAGAAAGUACCCCUCGCCCCUCCAAAAAGGUCCUUUUCCUAUGCUCCUCCAAGUCCAGAUGGGACCGGUCCUGUGAGCCUGCUGCGACCACAGAGCAUGGUUUUACCUUCAACAACACUGCAGGGAGAAGACAGUGACAAAGUCUUGAUUGUGAACGAUGAGCUUCUUCAGCGGUUGGCUGAUAGAAGAGGAUCGACUCGUCCACUGGUCCCCCGUGCGGCCGACACCUCAACCCCUCUGAACUACCAAUCCCCGUCUGCAGAGGUGGAGGCCUGGCUCAACGCCAAGGGCUUCAGUCAGCAGACCAUUCAGAGUCUGGGUAUUUUAACCGGAGCUCAGCUGUUCUCUUUGAAUAAAGACGAGCUCCGCACGGUGUCACCAGACGAAGGGGCUCGAGUUUACAGUCAGAUCAUGGUGCAGAAAGCUCUACUGGAGGAUGUGCGUAAAGCCACAGAACUAGAGACGGCGAUGGAAAAGCAAAAGAUGAAGAUCGGCCUGACAUCAUGA